AUGCUCCCGUCGUCUCGACGAAAUAAUACUUCCCUCCCCUCCCUUGCCGGCUCCCGCUUCCCUUCCCCUGUCCAUCUCCACAUGCCACGUCCUUUCGACUCCUCACCUUACUUCGACCCCGUCCUGCUCGGCCAAGGUGCAGUGCAUCCUUGUCGUCAUCGCCAACGUCCCCGAACGAGUGAGGUGGAAGACGGACGACAGAGCCAUCGAUCAUCGAAACGCCAGUCGACCCUCGUGCGAGACGGCCUGCGUGGCCCGCCGCCAACUUCGCUCCGCCUCCUCUCCAUCGUCGCCCGACCGGUGCGUGCCCUUGGGACGGAGCUCGUGGUGCCUCGUGCCGCCGCCGCCGCCGCCGCCGCCGACGCCGUUUCGACGACACCCUCCUCUUCCUUUGUUUUUCCUCCUCUUCCGGUCGACGGCCAGCGUCACGACGAGUCCCGCGAGGACGACGCAUCCGUCGCCAUGCCCGGAAUCCUCCCCAUGAAGGUCAUCAAGGUGGGCACCAGCGCCCAGAGUCGAAUCGCCCAAGCCUGCGACCGGUGCCGCAGCAAGAAGAUACGAUGCGACGGCGUCCGCCCGACGUGCUCUCAGUGUGCCAACGUGGGCUUCGAAUGCCGCACCAGCGACAAGCUGAGCCGGCGGGCUUUCCCUCGGGGCUACACCGAAUCCCUCGAGGAGCGUGUCCGCCAGCUCGAGUGCGAGGUCCGAGAGCUCAAGGACCUGCUCGACGAAAAGGACGAAAAGAUUGACAUGCUCUCGGCCGUCCACGGCAGCCACCGCCGCCCGCCCUCCUUCACCUCGUGGUCCAACUCGACCUCGUCCUCGCCCGACGCGUCCAAGGAUGCGCAGCCCGUCGACAAGGAGGAUACCUUUCGCGUCCAGGGCACGCCUCUGCUCCUCGGCGUCGAGAAUUCCGACUCCUACUUCAUGGGCCCGUCGAGCGGACGCUCCAUCAUCACCUCGUUGAAGCGCAAGCUCGAGGAAACCGGCAAGCCUUGCCUCGACUUCAACCCCGACGCCUUCCUCCACGUCCAAGGAUGCCCGCCCCUCGCGACCGCCGACGACGCUGACGGCUCCAUCACCGUCCCGCCUCGUCUCUUCUCCGACCGCUGCGUCAACGUCUUCUUCCAGGAGUGGGCCCCGCUCUUCCCGGCCUUGCACAAGCCGACCUUCCUGCGCGUCUACGAGGAGUUCGCCGCCGACCCCGACAAGGUCAGGUGCGGCUACAAACGCGCCCAGCUCUACCUCGUCUUCAGCAUCGCCGGCCUCUCCUUCGAAUCGCCCGACUACCCGCAGCUGGCGGCCUGCGAGAAGCAGUGGACCGACGCGCUCGAGUCGCUGCAGAUCGAGAGCACCAUGGAUUCGCUCCAGUGCCUCAUCCUCGCCAUGCUCUACUACACCGUCCGCGCCGACAACAAGCGCCUGCAGCACUACAAGUCUGUCGCCGUCGGCUUGUCGCACCGCCUCGGCCUUCACCAGUGCCAGAAGCGCUUCUCCUUGGGCGCCCUGACCCUCGAGACGAGGAAGAAGGUGUUUUGGACCCUCUACACGCUGGACUGCUUCACCGCCGCCACCAUGGGCCUCCCCAAGCUGCUGAGGGAUGAGGACAUCCAGGUCGACUACCCGUCCGACACGGACGACGAGUACAUCACCGAGAAGGGCUUCCAGCCGACGCUGCCGGGCGAGUACACUCGCCUCUCCAGCGCCUUGGCUCUCUUCCGCGCCGCGCGCAUCCUGGCCCGGGUGCUGGAGAAGGUCUAUCCCGUCUCGACCAACGCCGAGCUGUCCCUGCAGCAGAUGGCCGCCUUUGAACGCGAGCUCGACGAAUGGUACGCCGAGCUGCCGAAUCACCUGCGCCUCAACUUUGUCCAGGACAAGCCCUCUACCGACGUCACCGGUAGCCGCUCGCCCCUGCUGGCCUUGGCCUACUACUACAUACGCACCCUCAUCUACCGCCCCGUCGUCGGCUCGUCCCUCGACCACAAGUCCGCCCAACCCUUGCUCUCGAUUUCCGAGUCGAGCAAGCACAUGAUCCAAAUCAGCCAGCUUCUCGAGGAGCGAGGCAUGAGCUUCUCGUUUUGCGUCAACAAGUUUGACCUCCUCGCCGUCUGCGGAAUCACCCUGCUCUACCAGGUGGUGGACCUGAAGCACGACAGCAAGCUGACGCGGGACUCGGAGCGCCUCGUCAACGGCGUCAUGGCGACGCUCGCCAAGGCCAAGGCCCCCGGCUUCGUCGACCUGACACGCGUCGCCCGGACCCUCAUCUCCGUCGACGAGCAGAACGGAGCCGGAGCCGAGCCGGAGCCGAGCUCUGGCUACGCGGGGCCCGACCGGCAGCGGUCCUCGCCGCCGUCGAGGGGCCAGCAGGCGACGGCGGGCCACCCGCUGAGCCGGCUGCAUCACAACACGGCGAGCGAGGGCGAGCUCCAGCGGCGGCAGGACAGGAUGCGACGAACGACGAUGCCCGACGUCGCGGUCCGAGGGCCCGACUUGUACCGCUCGCAAUCCCGGCAGUCCUUUGACAGCCUCGCUUCGGACGGCGUCGUGAGCCAUCAGAGCUACUGCAUGCACAUGGCGCAGCCGCAGGGCGCUGUCGCCGCCGACGAUUGCGCGUGCCGCGUGAUGCCCAACCUCGACUACCUCUCCCUCGGCACCACUCCUGCCGAGACGCAGUCGUCCCCGUCGGCGGGAAGCUUCACGCAGAUGCAGACGCCCGCGUCGGCGUCGGGGAUGUCGACGCAGCUGCUGCCUCCCGAGGGCGGUGCCGGAAAGAUGACGGCCUUUUCGCCAGCCGAGUGGGAGACGUUGCUGGGAGCCAUGGACGGAGGGCUCAACAACGUGUACGACGCCAUCUACGGCGGGACGAGCCUCGUCGGCGACGCGCCCGUCGCCGCCUGCGGGAACGGCAACGAGUGGUCACCAGACGCCUGGGACCUGAGCGGCUUCAACAUUGCCGACUUUGGCGGCAACCCGGGUGCGGCCCAGAGCGUGCUGAGCGACGAGAGCUUGAGCUCGGGCGAGGAGAUGGCGCCGUCGGAGCUCGGCCUGAGCGUCGGGAGCGCCGACCUCGGGAACCUGGCCAACGCGAGAAGCGGCCGUGACAACUACGUCACCGAGGUGUUUUCUCUAUGA